AUGCAGAAACAAGAUGUUAGAGAAGAUGGAAAAAAAAGUGAGAAAAAUGACCAACCUCCAUUAAUGGCAUUAAACCAUAUUUCAAGGCUUUGUAGAAAUGUGAAAGAGUCUAUAGACUUUUAUACAAAGGUGUUGGGGUUUGUUUUGAUUGAGAGGCCUCCAGUUUUGGAUUUUGAAGGUGCUUGGUUGUUCAAUUAUGGAGUUGGGAUUCAUUUGGUGCAGCUAAACUCUAAAGAAGAAGAUAAAUUGCCUUCCGAUACUCAACAACGUGACUUGGAUCCUCAAGACAAUCAUAUAUCAUUUCAGUGUGAAGAUGUAGAAGGGAUGGAGAAAAAAUUGAAGGAGAUGAAUGCAGAAGAUGAAACAACGAUGGAUCAACUUUUCUUCAACGACCCAGAUGGAUUUAUGGUGGAAAUAUGUAACUGUGAGAAUUUAAAACUUAUUCCUGCUAAUUCACGAGGCAAGAUAAAACUUCCGGCGGAUCGCCACACACCACCUGUGGAGACGACCAAUCAAAAUGAGCAUGAUAAUGAAAAAUAA